AAGGAGAGGGGUGUGGGCGCGCGCAACCACCUGGGUGCCUUGUCAGCGCCGCCUUCUCCUUUGGCUUUGCGGGACAGAAGAGGCAGAGCCUGGGGCCAAAGAGUCGCCAAAGCUGGCUGGCCCGGAGCCCCUUCCUCCCCUCCCUUCCUAACAAACAAAGGCAGACUCCAGAGGAGGAGGAGGAGGAAGAGGCGCGCCGGGUGCAGGAGCCGCCUCCGUCCGUCUGUCCGUCCUCUUGCUUGCUUGCUGCGAAGUUGAGCCCUUGCGGGAGGGAAAGAAGGAAGGAGGGAGGGAGGGAGGGAGGAAAGGAGGCGCUUCUUCCUCCUCCCCUUCCUCCUCCUCCUCCCACAGGGCUCCAGAAAGUGAGAGGAGAGGCGCUUAGGCUGCGCAACUCCACCAAGGAACGAAAGUCAGCGGAUUGGGAGGAAACUUUGCCUUCUUCCUCCAGGAACUUUUUUGGAGGAGGCUUUGGCGCUGAGUUUGGAGGAAGAGAGAGAGAAAUAGGUGGACUCACCGCGCCUCAUGGGACCCUGCGGGAGGUGAAGCUUCUGGCGGGGUUGGUGUGCAGGCAGGUUUUGAUUUCAAAGGAGAUAGAAGUGUGAGAACUACAUGCAAAGAAUUUAAAUAAUUCUAUAUUGGAACUUGGAAUCUGGUCAGGGAAAAAGAUGGCUAAAGUUAUGGAUAUCGAUGAAGGACACGAAGGUGGCCACAAUGAGUUUAGCAAUAUCAUUAAAUCUAGAUCUGAUGAACACAAGGAUGUACAAAAGAAGACCUUCACAAAAUGGAUAAAUGCUCGUUUUACCAAGUGUGGAAAACUGCCAAUAAAGGAUAUAUUCACAGAUCUCAGAGAUGGCAGGAGGCUUUUGGAUCUUUUAGAGGGACUGACAGGGAAUCCACUGCUGAAAGAACGCGGAUCGACAAGAGUCCAUGCCUUGAAUAAUGUCAACAAAGUGCUUCAAGUUUUACAUCAGAACAAUGUGGAGCUUGUAAACAUAGGAGGGACUGACAUUGUUGAUGGAAAUCACAAACUGACUCUUGGAUUGUUAUGGAGCAUAAUUUUGCAUUGGCAGGUCAAAGAUGUCAUGAAAGAUAUAAUGUCAGAUCUGCAGCAAACAAACAGUGAAAAAAUCCUGUUGAGUUGGGUGCGACAGUCCACGAGGCCUUAUAGUGAGGUCAACGUUUUGAACUUUACAACAAGCUGGACAGAUGGGCUUGCCUUCAAUGCUGUGAUCCAUAGGCACAAACCUGAGCUGUUUGGCUGGGAAAAAGUAACCAAAAUGACCCCAAUUGAAAGACUAGAACAUGCCUUCAACGUAGCCCAAAAUUACCUGGGGAUAGAAAAAUUGUUAGACCCUGAAGAUAUUGCUGUACAACUUCCAGAUAAGAAAUCCAUUAUUAUGUACUUGACUUCCUUGUUUGAGGUCCUUCCUCAGCAAGUUACUAUAGAAGAUAUUCAUGAAGUAGAGACCCUGCCAAGGAAAUACAAAAAAGAAUGUGAAGAGGGGGACAUACAGAGCUCCAUGUCAGAAGAGGACUGUGGGGGAUCCAGAGCAGAAACUCCCAGCACCGUAACCGAAGUGGAUAUGGAUUUGGAUAGUUACCAGGUUGCUCUGGAAGAAGUUCUCACAUGGUUGCUCUCUGCUGAAGAUGAGUUCCAAGAGCAGGAAAGCAUAUCUGACAAUGUUGAGGAAGUCAAGGAACAAUUUGCUACCCAUGAAGCUUUUAUGAUGGAAUUAACUGCACAUCAGAGUAGUGUGGGCAAUGUGCUUCAAGCAGGUAAUCAGCUGAUUGCCCAGGGUAACCUCUCAGAGGAGGAAGAAAAUGAAAUCCAAGAACAGAUGACCUUGCUGAAUUCGAGAUGGGAGGCCCUCAGAGUGGAUAGUAUGGAUCGACAGUCACACCUCCAUGAUGUAUUGAUGGAAAGACAGAAGAAGCAACUGCAGCAACUGUCUGACUGGUUGAGUGAGACAGAAGAACGCAUUCAGAAGAUGGAAUCUCAGGGCUUCAUGGGAGACUUGAAGACCUUCCAACAGCAGAUAGAUGAACAUAAAGAGCUUCAAAAUGAUCUCGAAACUGAGCAAGUUAAAGUUAACUCUCUGACUCACAUGGUGGUCAUUGUUGAUGAAAACAGUGGGGAGAGUGCAACAGCUGUCUUAGAGGAACAACUGCAGAGGCUUGGUGAACGUUGGACAGCAGUUUGUCGUUGGACUGAAGAGCGGUGGCUCAAACUACAAGAGAUCAAUAUCUUAUGGCAGGAACUAUUGGAAGAGCAGAGCUUAUUGAAGGCCUGGCUAAUUGAAAAAGAGGAGGCUUUAAACAAAGUACAAACCAGGAACUUCAAAGAUCAAAAAGAGCUUGGUGUGAAUGUCAGAAAGCUGGCAAUUCUGAAAGAGGAUAUGGGAAUGAAGCGCCAAACAUUAGAGCAAGUAAAUGAGGUGGCCCAGGAUGUCACACAGCUCCUAAACAACAAGAAGGCAUUGAAGAACAUUGACAGUGAUUUGGAAGAACUAACACAACGGUGGGACAGUUUAGUUCAGAAACUUGAGGAUUACUCUAACCAGGUUGCUCAAGCAGCUGCAAAUGUUGGGAUAUCCCAGAUUGCACAGAAGUUCAGCACAGAAACAGCUCUUGUUAAAGAACAGAAAACAGUUAAACUCUCCAGAGAAGAACAGUCUCCUCCACCCAUACCUCCAACAAAGAGAAAAGAAAACUAUCUGGAUACUGAAAUGAAGAAAAAACUUGAUUUUGAAAUUGCUGAGCUGUUGAGCUGGAUUUUGAAAUCAAAAGCUGCUAUUCAGGCCACAGAGAUCAAAGAGUACAAGAAGAUGAGAGAGACUUUGGACAUGAAAGAGAAGCUAAAGGCAAUAGAAAAAGAAAGGUCUGAAAAAAAGAAAAUCCUAAAUGACCUAAAACAAACUGUACAAAAUUUUCUGGACCAAAUGGGAAAAGAAGGUCAUCCUGCCGAAACCAUAACAAAUGCAUUCGAGCAGCUGUUGGCAGAGUGGAAAGAGGCAGAUCUGCAAUUGGAAGAAGCAACAAGAAAAAUGCAAUACCAGAAUGAAGUAAACAUUUAUUUUAAGGAAUUGGAUGAACUUGAUAAGACUGUAAGUGAAAAAGAAUUAUGGCUGAAAGACAACUCUACUACAUCACCUCAGCAACAACCUUUGAUAACUCUAAAGGAGUCAUGUCAGAGGGAACUCACUCACCUGGUAAGUCUGACACCUCAAAUGGAAGACCUUAAAGCCAAGUGUAAAAUGCUCUCAUCUCAGUCUGCUGCUCCAGACUUCCUUCAGGACAGCCUUAACUCUUUGAGUGAUCGAUUCAAAUCUGGCCAGCAGAAGUUGGAGACUCUUCUAAAACAGCUGAGAAAAGAAUUUGAAAGUCAACCUUCCAAAGAUUAUUUGGAUGCUUUGAAAAAACUGAAGGAUGAGCUGAAUGAAUUGGAAAGCAAGGUACAAUCCAUCAUGAAAACAGUGAAUGAUUUCAAUAAAGUUGAAAAAGCAUUGCAAGAGAUGAAGACAGUUUGUGAAACUCUAGAAAAUCAAAAAAGAAUGGUAGAUAAACUUGCAGCGGACACUCAAGGCUUAGAGAAGCAUAUUCCUGCUGAAAAAUCAAAUCUCUACAAGCAAGAGUUCAAACGAUUGCAGGGGUAUAGAGAUAAAUUGAAAAUUAAAAUUUCUAAAGAUGUUCACCUAUUGGAAGAAAUUAUUUCCAAGCUGAGAGUAUUUCAGACUGAUUCAAAAUUGGUUCAAAAGUGGUUGGAUGGUGUGAAAGACUUUUUAAUAAAAGAACAGGCUGUCCAAAGGGAUCCUGAAAGCCUUCAAAAACAGCUUGACCAAUGCAUGUUGUUUAUUAUUGAAAUGGAAAAGACUGAGUUGUCUUUAAAAGAGAUGAAAGAAAUAGACUCUGCUUUAAGAGACCAGCCUGUCAGUGCCUGGGUGAAAUCUAAGCUGGCAGAUGUCCAAUUACAGUGGGAGAAACUGAGCAAGCAGAUCAUUAGUCAGAAAAAUCAAUUAUCUGAGAGUCAAGAAAAAGCCGUAAACCUCAAAAAGGAUUUGGCAGAGAUGCAAGAAUGGAUGGCUCAGGCUGAAGAAGAAUAUUUGGAGAGGGAUUUUGAAUACAAGAGUCCAGAUGAGCUGGAGAAUGCUGUGGAGGAAAUGAAGAGAGCAAAAGAAGAUGUGCUGCAGAAGGAAGUGCGGGUGAAAAUUCUGAAAGACAACAUCAAGAUGUUAGCUGCUAAACUGCCAUCUGGUGGCCAGGACAUAACAACGGAGCUUAACCUUGUACUGGAGAAUUACCAGCUACUUUGUAAUCGGAUUCGAGGGAAAUGCCACACUUUGGAGGAAGUCUGGUCAUGCUGGAUUGAACUAUUACACUACUUGGAUCUGGAAACAGCCUGGCUCAAUACUUUGGAGGAGAAAAUGAAAUGCACUGAAAAUUUACCAGAUAAAGUGGAAGCUGUUAAUGAUGCUCUUGAGUCAUUGGAAUCUGUCCUUCGGCAUCCUACGGAUAAUCGCACACAAAUUCGGGAGCUUGGCCAAACAUUGAUUGAUGGAGGAAUCCUUGAUGAAAUCAUCAGUGAAAAAUUGGAGGCUUUCAAUGCUCGUUAUGAUGAAUUAAGCCAUAUGGUAGUAAGCAGGCAGAUUUCCUUGGAGCAACAGCUUCAGACAAUGCGUGAAAGCGAGCACAUGUUACAAGUCCUCCAAGAAAGCUUGAAGGAUCUGGAUAAACAACUAACUUCCUACUUGACAGAUAGAAUAGAUGCCUUCCAAAUGCCACAGGAGGCACAGAAAAUCCAAGCUGAGAUUGCUGCUCAUGAAUCUACCUUGGAAGAGCUAAAAAAGAAUGUGCGGUCAUGGAUGCCAUCCUCCCCAGAGUGCAGAUCUCCUCGUGGCGGGUCACAUUUGGAUGCUUUGCAGAGAAAACUCCGGGAAGUAUCCACAAAGUUCCAACUAUUCCAAAAGCCAGCAAAUUUUGAACAGCGAAUGCUGGAUUGCAAACGAGUUCUGGAUAGUGUAAAGGCUGAACUCCAUGUCUUGGAUGUGACGGAUAUUGACCCAGAUAUAAUUCAGUCUCAUUUUGAUAAGUGCAUGAAACUCUACAAGACCCUCAGUGAAGUAAAGCUUGAAGUGGAAACUGUUAUCAAAACAGGAAGACAAAUUGUACAGAAGCAACAGACUGACAACCCUAAAAGCAUGGAUGAGCAACUGACAGCACUGAAAUUUCUUUAUAAUGAUCUGGGAGCACAGGUCACUGAAGGGAAGCAAGAUCUAGAACAGGCACUGCAGCUGUCAUGUAAAUUAAAGGAUGUAUCAUUCUCCUUGUCAAAAUGGUUGGAGGCUACUGAGGCUGAGUUAGUACAGAAGUCAACUUCAGGAAGUUUGCUUGCUGAUUUGGACUCUGAAAUUGCAUGGGCCAAGAAUGUGCUGAGAGAACUGGAAAGGAAGAAAGUUGAUCUUAAUGCUGUAACAGAGAGUAGUGCGGUCCUCCAGACGUUAGUGGAAGGCUGUGAGACUACUUUGGAAGAAAAGGUCUGUGUUCUUAAUGCUGGCUGGAGCAGAGUCCGGACAUGGACAGACGAUUGGUGCAACACGCUUUUGAAUCACCAAAGUCAACUGGAGAUUUUUGAUGAGACUGUUGCUCACAUAAGCACUUGGCUGUACCAAGCUGAAACCCUGCUGGAUGAGAUAGAGAAAAAGUCAGUCAGCAAGAAAGAAGAGACAGUGAAGCGCCUGACAUCAGAAUUGGAUGACGUUAGUCUCAGAGUUGACAAUGUGCGUGACCAAGCUAUUGUCCUGAUGAAUAGUCGUGGUGUGUCGUGCCGUGAGCUUGUGGAACCCAAAUUGGCUGAAUUGAACAGGGAUUUUGAGAAAGUGUCACAGCACAUCAGAAGUGCUAAGAUGUUUCUCAACCAGGAAGGCCAUAAAAUGUUUAUCAAACAAGAUCUGUAUGGAACUUCCAUGGCUUCUGCAGAUCUUGAUAAAUUUGAAUGUGAGUUACAGCACAUGCUGAAUGUGGUGGAGAAGCACAUGGAAUCAAAAGAAGACGAUGAAAAGCUAGAUGAAGAGAGAGCACAAAUUGAGGAAAUCUUGCAAAAAGGUGAGCAGCUUUUACAGCAGCUUACAGAAGACAGCAGACGAGAGAAAAUUCGUUUGCAGCUUUUGCUUUUGCAGACCAGACAAAGCAGCAUGAAGGAACUCAGAUCACUACAAAGGAGACAGGUGGUAGAAGCCUCUCCUUCAUUCUCUCCAUAUACUACAGAAAAAGAAGGUCAUUUACAUUGGCUGAAUGAGACUGAUGGAAGUCUUUCUGGACAACAAAGGGCAGAAGAUGAGGGGAAAUUACAGGAAGUUUCCGAAAGGAUUCAAGUUCCUCAUGUAUCUACAGUCAGGGCAUCUCCAUUCCCUGCAGAAUACCUGGUUGAAAUUAACAAGAUAUUACUGGCUAUAGCUGAUGCUGAGCUCUUACUAAAUGCCCCUGAACUUCAUUCUGGUGUUUUUGAGGAUUUUUCUACUCAAGAAGAUUCAUUAAAGAACAUAAAGGACAUGUUGGACAGACUUGGAGAUCAGAUUGCAAUUAUUCAUGAAAAACAACCGGAUGUUAUACUGGAAGCAUCUGGAUCUGAAGCUGUACAAAUAGGAGACUCACUAACACAACUGAAUGUGGAAUGGGACAGAAUUAACAGGAUGUACAAUGAUCGUAAAAGUUGCUUUGAUAAAUCUGUGGAAGAGUGGAGACAGUUCCAUUGCGAUCUCAAUGAUCUAUCACAGUGGUUAGCAGAAGCAGAAGGUUUGCUGGCCGAAGCCCAUGCUGCUGAUGGUAACCUGGAUAUAGAGCAAGCCAGAAUACAACAGCAGGAACUUGAAGAAGGAGUCAGCAACCAUCAGGCCAGCUUUUCAGCACUGAACAGAACUGGAGAAGGAAUUGUACAGAGACUCUCCACUACAGAUGGCAGCUUCUUAAAAGAGAAACUAGCAGGGUUAAAUAAACGCUGGAAAGUCAUCACUACUGAAGUCAUGGAAAAGCAACAGAGACUGAAAACUGAAAGCCAACAAUUAAUAGACUUCACGAGAAAACUGGAGGAAUUUAGUUGCUGGAUGGAAAAUGUAGAAAAUGCCCUGGGGGAAAAUCCUACCAUCAGCCAUGAAGAAAAUCUGCGAGAAUUAAUGGGCUUGAUUGAGGAGAUGCAAAUUCAAGGAGAAAAACUUAAAUGGCUCAACAGAAAUGAACCAGAUGUUCUCUCAAAUAAAAGCAUUGGGCCUCAAGAAAAAGAAAAUAUUUCUGAAAGACUGAGAUCCUUGAAUAUUAAAUGGAAAAAGGUGUUCAGAGAAGCACCUACCAGAGCAAGAGAACUAGAGGUCUUUGUUCAUCAGUUCCAUCUUGUGCCACAGACAAAACCUUCUGGAUACCCUGUUCUCCAAAAGAUGGUGCUAGUGUCCUCUGGCUCUGAAAAUAUUGCUCAGACUCCACAGACUUUGGAAAUCUCGGCACCUGCUGAUCUUGAUAAAACUACAACAGAACUGGCUGACUGGUUGGCAUUGAUUGAUCAGAUGCUGAAGUCCAACAUAGUUACUGUGGGAAAUGCUGAGGAAAUCAAUCAGACCAUUGCACGUAUGAAAAUAACUAAUGAGGAUUUAGAAAAUCGACAUCCCCAACUGGACUCUGUUUUUACUUUGGCACAGAAUCUGAAAAACAAAACAUCAAGUUCUGAUGUGAGGACAGCUAUCACAGAAAAAUUGGAGAAAUUGAAGAACCAAUGGGAUAGUACUCAGCAUGGGGUGGAAGUACGUCAACAGCAGUUAAGACACAUGCUUUCUGACUGCAUCAAGUGGGAUGACCUGAAGCAAGAAAUGGAGAGGCUAAUUGGGCAAUAUGAGAUACACCUUCAUGCUCUUUUACAGACACCUAAAGAGAAGCUCACUAAGCAAAUUUCUGAAAACAAAAUGUUGAUACAAGAUCUAGAAAAGGGCGAUGCCAAGAUGAACCCAUUUAAUGAUCUUUCCAAUAAACUUAUUCAAGAAUAUAAUAGUGAUGAUACAAGAAAAGUAAAGGAAAUCAUGGAUCAUUUGAAUACCUCAUGGAUUAAUCUAAAACAAAGAACAUUUAAUAGGCAGAAUGCUUUGGAGGCUGAUCUGAAGACAGUGCAGGCCUUGCUCAAAGACCUUGAAAGUUUUUUCAAGUGGUUGCAAGAAGCAGAAGCUACAGUUAAUGUCCUUGCAGAUGCAUCACAACGGGACCCUGCUCUUCAGGACAGCUCUUCUGGAAGGGAACUGAAAAAGCAGAUGGAGGAUAUUCAGGCUGAAAUUGAUGCCCACAAUGACAUCUUCAAGAGCAUUGAUGGAAACAGGCAGAAGAUGGUAAAAGCUUUGGGGAAUUCUGAAGAGGCUGCAUUGUUACAACAUCGCAUUGAUGACAUGAACCAACGCUGGAAUGACCUGAAAGCAAAGUCUGCCAGUAUCAGAGCUCACUUAGAAGUAAGUGCAGAGAAAUGGAACAAGUUGCUGACAUCAUUGGAAGAGCUGAUCAAGUGGCUGAAUCUAAAAGAUGAAGAUUUGAAGAAGCAGAUGCCUAUUGGUGGGGAUGUUCCAACUGUACAGCAGCAGCAUGACCACUGCAGAGCCCUCAGGCGUGAAUUGAAGGAUAAAGAGCAAGCAAUUCUAAAUGCUGUGGACCAAGCCCGAGUCUUCCUUGCAGAUCAGCCAAUUGAAGGACCUGAAGAACCAAGGAAAAGCUUACACUCAAAGUCAGAGUUGACCCCUGAAGAAAAAGCACAGAAGAUUGCCAAAGCAAUGCGUAAGCAGUCUGCGGAAGUGAAAGAGAAGUGGGAAAGCCUUAGUUCUUGUGCCAACAGUUGGCAGAAGCAAGUAGAAAAGGCGCUAGAAAAGUUGAAGGAUUUGCAGUGUUCUAUGGAUGACUUAGAUGCUGACUUGAGAGAUGCAGAGAAUGUGAGGAACGGUUGGAAACCUAUUGGGGAAGCAUUGACUGACUCAUUCCAGGAUCACAUUGAUAAGACAACGGUAUUUAGAGAAGAAAUUGCACCAAUCAGUUUAAAAGUUAAAGCUGUCAAUGAUUUAUCCAGUCAACUCUCUCCACUUGAUCUCCACCCAUCCUUAAAGAUAUCACGGCAACUUGAUGAUCUCAAUAUGCGCUGGAAACUUUUACAGAUAUCUGUAGAGGAUCGCCUUAAACUACUACAGGGAGCACACUGGGAUUGUGGGCCUCCAUCUCAGAAUUUUCUUUCCAAUUCUGUUGAACUACCGUGGCAGAGAUCAGUAUCACAUAACAAAGUUCCAUACUACAUCAAUCAUCAGACGCAGACAACCUGCUGGGAUCACCCUAAAAUGACGGAACUCUUCCAGUCUCUAGCUGAUUUAAACAAUGUACGUUUUUCUGCUUACCGCACAGCCAUUAAAAUUCGGAGACUACAAAAAGCAUUGUGUUUGGACCUCCUGGACUUAAAUACCACAAAUGAAGUUUUCAAACAGCACAGAUUGACCCAAAAUGACCAGCUUCUAAGUGUUCAGGAUGUGGUCAGCUGUCUCAUUACGAUUUACAGUGGAAUGCAAGAGAAGCACAAAGACCUGGUGACCAUUCCCCUCUGUGUAGAUAUGUGUCUCAACUGGCUGCUAAAUGUUUAUGACACUGGCCGGACUGGAAAAAUCAGAGUGCAAUCUCUGAAGAUUGGUUUGAUGUCUCUUUCUAAGGGUCUUCUAGAGGAAAAAUACAAAUAUCUUUUUAAGGAAGUAGCUGGGCCUACAGAGAUGUGUGACCAGAGGCAGCUUGGCCUAUUACUUCAUGAUGCUAUCCAAAUCCCACGGCAGCUUGGGGAAGUAGCUGCUUUUGGAGGCAGCAAUAUUGAACCCAGUGUCCGCAGCUGCUUUCAACAGAAUAAUAAUAAACCAGAAAUCGGUGUGAAACAAUUCAUAGACUGGAUGCAUCUGGAACCUCAAUCCAUGGUGUGGCUGCCUGUCCUACACAGAGUAGCAGCUGCAGAAACAGCAAAACAUCAAGCCAAGUGCAACAUCUGCAAGGAAUGCCCAAUUGUUGGCUUUAGAUAUCGGAGCCUAAAACAUUUCAACUAUGAUGUCUGCCAGAGCUGUUUCUUCUCUGGACGUACAGCAAAGGGUCACAAGUUGCAUUACCCAAUGGUGGAGUAUUGCAUACCAACAACAUCAGGAGAGGAUGUACGUGAUUUUACGAAAGUGUUAAAGAACAAAUUUCGGUCAAAGAAGUAUUUUGCCAAGCACCCACGGCUUGGCUACCUACCUGUGCAAACAGUCCUAGAAGGUGACAAUUUGGAAACUCCAAUCACACUUAUUAGUAUGUGGCCAGAACAAUAUGAUCCAUCCCAAUCUCCCCAACUAUUUCAUGAUGACACCCAUUCCAGGAUAGAACAGUAUGCUAGCAGACUAGCCCAGAUGGAACGGACCAAUGGUUCUUUGUUCACAGAUGGUAGCUCCACCACAGGAAGUGUCGAGGAUGAACAUGCCCUGAUCCAGCAGUACUGCCAGACUCUGGGAGGGGAGUCGCCUGUGAGUCAGCCACAGAGUCCAGCGCAGAUCUUGAAGUCAGUAGAGAAGGAGGAACGAGGGGAGCUUGAGCGCAUCAUUGCCGACCUUGAGGAGGAGCAAAGGAUGCUACAGGUGGAAUAUGAGCAACUGAAGGAGCAGCAUCUUCGAAAGGGGAUUAAUGCCCCGAGCUCACCUCCAGACUCAGCCGUGUCACCACAGCACACAUCUGAAGAUGCCGAACUCAUUGCAGAAGCCAAACUUUUACGGCAGCAUAAAGGUCGCCUGGAGGCUAGAAUGCAGAUUUUGGAAGAUCAUAAUAAGCAGUUGGAAUCUCAGCUCCACCGGCUACGACAGCUGCUUGAGCAGCCUGAAACAGAGUCCAGAGUUAAUGGGGGUUCUUCCUGUGCUUCACCUCAGCAUUCUGCCCUCAGCUAUUCGCCUGAGCAAGAUUCCAGCUCACAGUUUAAUCAGACAGGCGUAGAUGACCUGUUAAUCCCACCUCAUGAUACUAGCACAGAUCUAACAGAUGUCAUGGAACAAAUCAACAGCACAUUUCCGUCUUGCCGCACAAAUCUUGCUGGCAGACCACAGGCAAUGUGAAGUUCUCAUUGUGAAGACCACCCACCCUUCCUGUCAUCAACUACAAACCUUUUCUACAAGUUUCAAGUUCCAGUAAUCAUACAACUGCAUGGGACCUUGUAAUAUACUGUUUAGCUCUGUGUGUUCUUAUUUGAAAUAGGAAAACACUUGAAUUACCCAAAGAUGAGGAUAUUGUGGUUUUAUAAUAAUGUGUGUAUUUUCCCUUCCUUCUUCCCUUUCUAUGCAACUGUAAAUUAACAAACUGUGGAGUAUUUGGAAAUGGGUAUACAUAUGUCAUUGAUUUAUAUAAUAUGCAGCAUCAGAAAUGGGGGGUGCGGGUUUAUAUUCAUUCUUUUUUUGAUAUUGCUAAAGUGAAUUGCAUACAGAGUUUGAAGCAAAGUGUUAAUACAUUCCUUUCAGCUUUGACAUUUCAUGUUCCAAGUACCUCCUAUUCUGACACACACAUAAUUCUGCACAAGUUAUUUCUACUAAGCCUAACAGAUUCAAAACAUGGAAAAUGUAUUAUAACACUCCCAUUUAGUAUUUGACAAAUACUAUUUCUUGUUAUCUAUAUAACACACAAGACUGUGUUUUUUGGGCUAGCUUUGACUGCAGUUACUGUUGGCAUUAAAGCAGCAUUUUAAUGGUUUCCGUCUCCCAGU